AUGCAGCCCCGCCUCCUGUCGCGUGAAACGGGGGAUUUGAGCCCCGAUGAUCUCUCCAAAGCGGUGUACCAAGACCUCAUCCGGAGCUUUGCGCCCGCACCACAGCACCGCUUCAACGGCGAAAUAGCACCUCGGACGUCUCCCGAAGGGACUCCAGAGCGAGCCCACAGUAUCCGCGCCCAUGGCGCCGGCGUGAGAAGCCUUGCGCUCGAAAAGUUCGACGGCCGCAUCCUCGUGUCAGGCGGCUCAGAGGGCUCUGUCAAGAUAUGGGAUCUCGACGCCGCCCCGACCCCCAGUCACCCGCACGUCUUCCGCCCCGUGAGCACAAUAGCUCGUUCGACCGGCUCUUUUGGCGACGGCAAGGUCGGCGGCCACACUCACGGCAUCACGCAUCUGGACUUCUAUCCGUUCGACCCGGACGCCUUCCUGUCAAGCUCCUACGACAAGUCGCUCAAGCUCUGGGCAACCCAGCGCUCUGCCCUCACGGCAGACUUCGACCUCAAUGCCACCAUAUACUCGCACGCCAUGAGCCCCGUCGCGCAGCACCUCCUCGUGUCCUGCGCGACGCAGCACUCCAACGUGCGUCUGGUCGACCUCAGAUCCGGCUCCGCCGUCCAAGCACUCGUUGCCCACGGCGGGCCUGUCCUCCGCACGUCAUGGAGCCCGCGGCACGAGCACAUCCUCGCUAGUGGCCAUGCCGACGGCAGAGUGCGCAUAUGGGACGUUCGCCGCGCGGGGGGUGUCAUUGCACAACUCGACCAGGAGGAUUCAUUGGGCGUGCUUCACCGGUUUCGGCACGCGACGGCCUCGGGCAAGGACUGGAGCAGCGUGCCGCACUUCCGGGCAUCUGCCCAGGCGCACGACGACGCCGUCAACGGACUGCAGUGGACCGACGAUGGCAAGUACAUCGUGUCGGCGGGGCUGGAUCGCAAGAUUCGCGUAUGGGACGCGGGGACGGGAGCAAACACGCUCGCGAGUUUCGGGCCACUGAUUCGAAACCAGCAUGCCAAGACUGCUGCCAUGAUUGUCACACCGCCGGGCCUGUCAAACGGCAGGGAGAUUCUGGUCUGGCCCAACGAUCACGAGAUACUGCUGCUUGACCUGCAUGAUGGGAAUGUGAUGAUGAGGUUGCGCAGCCCCGGUUCCGUGAACCCUGCAGGCCCUCGGGGCGGAGAGGGCAGAAACAGGAUCACCACGAUUGUAUGGCGAGGCGCCGGGGGAGGAUGCGGACGCAUCGGAAGAGUCAUGGGAGGUGGCAACUCGGUAGGUGCGAUUUACAGUGCUCACUCGGACGGUCAGAUUCGCGCGUGGAUGCCGCAGAUCCCGGGACCCGACGACGUGGACGAGACGCAAGAUGUUGACGACGACGAGGAGACGCGGAGAAGGAAAAGAAAGGCCGUGGAUAGUGCGUAUAGGAGCUUGAUGGGCCGACAGAUAACGUUCACCGGCACCGACCGGUAA